ACAUAUUAUAGGGCGAUGCAUGCCGACCGAAUGAUCAAACAACAUAUGGCAGGAUCCUAUACUGAUGGAGCGUCCACUGAGCCAUCGACGACACCCUCGCAGCUGUGUCGGCCAAGUGCCAGCUCAUCCGCAAGGCUCACUCCGAAGGGUGGGUUGCAGAGGAUUGUGUCUGCCCCUCCCAUCUCUCAAGAUAUUUUGCCCGACUCGAAUAAUCCUCAAAGGCAAUUCACACAGAUUUUUAUUUCUCUGCUAAGCGAACAUAAUGCGGAAUGCACCACUGUUUCUUGGACGACGUGGCCCAACAUGGCAUUCAAAUUGAAGAAGGUCAUCGUCGGGUGGGACUCCGAUGUGGUUGAUAUAGCUUUCUGUAGGGCUUUCGCAUAUGGGAAGAUCAGUAACAAGCAGUGGCGCCAUCUCUCGAGACUCAUUCUCGAAGGUGUUCUCACUAUCAAAGACUGGACAGCAGAGCAGAAACAGAUUCCUGAAACCGAUGCUCGCUUUGGCGAAAUUCCCGUCGUUCUCAACUUGCGUGGCUUGCCUAUGGUGUUUAUCAAAGACUCCUCCAACUGGGUGCGCCAGAACUGCAAAAUUGACUCAGCAACUCCAUAUACGCCAUGCGCUCCCUCUGCUGCUUCCUCUCCCGCUCUUCUUUCAUCCAAGAAGCGCACCUACGAGGAUCUGUCCCUGGUUACUGAAGAGAAUGCAAGGAGAGAGCAUCGUAGUGUUUCCACUCCUGCGCAAAAUGAGAUGGAACCGUCGGCAAAGCGCCAGCGUCACGUUACGUUCUCCUCUCUUCCGAUGACCAUGUUCUAUAUGAAACAUCGGCAAGAACAGUUAUUACAGAAGAGUACAGCUCGUCAUUCACCAUUCAACCAACCCUCUUCAUCGUCAUCGAGCCAAGCUACCCUCGCUUCAAAGCCACCUGCAAACCAAGUCACCAAGUCUAUCUUAGGAGGUCGUUACAAGGGCAGUGACCAGUCCUAG